AUGACAUAACACAGCUGACAGUUCUGUUUCACCAUCUACACAAAAAAUAAAUAUAACCAAUUAAUUCAUAACGAAGACGGCAAUUUUCAUCCUUUCGUCUUCAUUUUUCCAUUAAAAAUCUAAAUAUUAAAAUAAAAAAUGAAAAAGGAACGAGUCAAUCGCAUUUCCAUUCUAGACAAACUUCAUAGAGGCGCGGUUUAUGCCUGCAUUGGAGUGACAGCAUAUGGAACAUUCUUGUUAGGUGUGCGGGUUUAUCGUUACUUUACAGUCAUUAGGCCAGAAAGACAGCGGCAGGAGCUGAAAAUGAUUGAGGAAGGCAGACACGACAAUGUCGACAAGGCACCCGAAUUAAAAUAUUAAAGAAUAAUGUUAUUUAUUUAGUUUUAGCAAUAAAAUUUAAUGUUCUACAA